CAAAAACCCUAAUCCAAGGUGUAACUGAUCGUGCCGAUGGAUGCGUGGCUGAGAGGGAGCUCAGUCGCGAACGAUAGGCCUCGGGUACCGGGCGAAACCCGUUGUAAUAUAGCCUUGUCUACGCAAGCGGGGCUCUGCGUAGUACUGACCCUUUAUAUCCCUAGCUACUCGUGGGAACCAUAUGUAUAGCAAUAAAUCAAAAAAAAUAAUCAAUAAAAACCAACAAAACCAAACGACCUCCUUAGAUGAGACGGCACAUGCUGAAGCACUAAGGGGGGCGAAACAAAUAGAGAGCGGGAAGGCUAAGGAGGAGCCAUCGAAGCUGGAGAGGCCGCUGAAAGCCGGGGUACCUAUCGGAACCCCAGCCCAGGUGACUAAGCCAGAGACGAUGGAGCUUUCAACAGCUGGACCCUCGACUGACAAAACGAUGGCGGCUGAGAGUGGGACGACACCUGUUGAACCCUCGAAGCAGGUCAUAGAUCCCGGCUGGGAGAUCAGGUGCAAACCAAGAGGGAAGCCUGCCCAGACCGAAGAAGACGCACCUAUGCGGAAAAAACUUUCGCAGAGGAAGAGGCAGCGGCUCCAAAAGCGAAGAGAAGCAGAAAGCCGCUCCUCUGGAAACAAACAGGAGGUUGACGCCCCGGAGGGACAGGGCGAGGGAGCGACGACCCCUGCGGAACAAACCCAGGCAAAGAAGAAACCAGAAGGGAAAGCCAAGAGGGCACGCCUGGAUGAAACCAUAUCCCCCAGAGGCGACCACAAAAAACAACGGACAGACGCCACCUCGGGGAACAGAGAACUACCCUCCUCCUAUGCGGCGGCAGCAGCAUCAGAUCUGACGGUGGCGAUUACCAAUAACCGCACGGGCAGACUGACGCAGCAAGAUGCUGCAGAGGUGGAGAAGAAGAUCGGGGACGCUAUCUUCCAAGCAGCCAUCGAAACCGAUCUGGACACCGCAGCGGAGGCCCCAGCGUUCUCAGGUAGACCCAGUUUUGUGGAUGGGUACCUGAAGCUGUGGUGCCAGGACGCGAACACCAAGGCGUGGCUGAUGAAGUGGCUGGAGUCGGCCACCCUUCAGAACGGAGACCAGCUCGUUGGAAAGAGGGAGGACGAGAUGGUCCGGAACACUAGGUGCGGUAUCCUGAUCCCGUCCCUGGAAGACAACCUCACCAAAAUAGGCAGGGUCCUCAACUUCCAGAACCCGUGGGCCAUGGUGAGGAAGUGGACACUCCACCAGGCGAUCCCCCUGAAGAAAAGGGCCUGUACCCUACUCCUGGUGGGAAUACCUGAAGACGUUGUUCCUGCUGUGAUGGAAAAGGGAAGAAGACUGAACUACCUGUGUGGGACAGUCUACAUCCGUUUCCAGCACGGCGGAGGACGCUUCAGAGAUUCUCCACCGGAGAAAAACGCAACAGAGGCGAACACUGACGGAGGGGAGAACAAAUCUGCAGAGCACGCGCCUGAAAAGAACACCCCCUCUGCAAUGGACACCGACUGCGCGGAACCACACACCUCAGACAUCGAGGAAGGCAUUUUGCUGGACUCUGAGGACGAGGAUGGUCUACCAAAGGGGAUCAGUCUCCUGGACCUAAAGGGAAAGGCAGCGGAAGGGAUAUCCCCAGAUGGCGCCUUCCCACUGUAAGGUCCUCCAGGUUAACCUCCAGCACAGCGAAUCUGCAACGGCUCAACUUCGAAGAUGGCUGGAGGUUAACCCAACAUCCAUAGCCCUGAUUCAAGAGCCGUGGAUCAGGAACACACGCAUAAACGGCCUUGGUAAUACCGGAGAGACGUGUGUGCCAUAAAACUCCUCAGAACACAAAACUCAAGUCUACCGGAGAUAGUCCUGGCGUCCACCUACAUGGCGGCGGAGGACGAACCACCUCCAGUGGAGAUGAACAACCUCAUACGCUACUGCGAACGAGAAAGGCUCGAGCUGGUCAUAUCUGCAGACUGCAACGGCCAUCACAACCUAUGGGGAAUGGAAACCAACAACAAAAGAGGUAACGAUAUUGUUGAAUACCUUAUGUCAACUAACCUAGAUAUAUUAAACACAGGAUCCAAACCAACUUUUGUCACUCGUAGGUAUA